ACACAAAUACAUUUUUUUUUCUCUCUUCCUCCCUCUCUCUCUAGCCGUUUCCUUCGCGCUUUAAAUUUUCAGAUCUUCAAAAUGCAAAGCGCCGCCGCCUUCACCGGGGUCUCGCCGUCGCUCCCGCUCCUCAAGCCGCGGAAGAGCGUUUCGCCGAGCCCUAGAUUCGAGCCUCUCCUCUGCUCUUCCAAACGACAUGAUCUCUCCCUUUCUAGCAAUGUCGCUUCGUCGUCUCCCUCGCUCCCUCUGCGUCGAUCGUGGUCCUUGUCCUCCUGUAAUACUUCCAUGUUCAGGCCAUGGACCUCCGUCCCCGCUCGCGAUCCGGAAACGACUAGUCGUUUCGAAGUCAAGGCUACGGCUGUCCCCGAGAGUGCUGGUGGUGAGGAAGAGAAGUCUAGCUUGGUGAAGACCUUGGAACUUGGAUUGCUGUUUGGUUUGUGGUUCCUGUUUAAUAUCUACUUCAAUAUCUACAACAAGCAGGUUUUGAAGGUCUACCACUUCCCAGUCACCGUAACAGUGAUUCAAUUUGCUGUUGGGACUGUUUUGGUUUUGCUUAUGUGGACUUUGAACCUCUAUAAAAAGCCAAAAGUUAGCGGCGCUCAGCUUGCAGUAAUUUUGCCACUUGCAGUGGUGCACACUUUGGGCAACCUAUUUACGAACAUGAGUCUUGGGAAAGUGGCUGUUUCGUUCACUCACACAAUUAAAGCUAUGGAGCCUUUCUUCUCUGUUGUCCUUUCUGCUAUGUUUCUAGGGGAGUUGCCUACUCUCUGGGUGGUUUCUUCUCUUGUACCAAUUGUUGGUGGAGUGGCACUUGCUUCAGUCACGGAGGUCUCUUUUAAUUGGGCUGGUUUUUGGAGUGCAAUGGCUUCCAAUUUGACAAACCAGUCUCGUAAUGUUCUUAGCAAAAAGGUCAUGGUUAAGAAAGAGGAUUCUCUGGACAACAUUACUCUUUUCUCAAUAAUAACAAUCAUGUCUUUCCUCCUGUUAGCUCCUGUGGCAGUGUUCAUGGAAGGUGUCAAGUUUACCCCUGCAUACCUACAAUCUGCUGGAUUGGAUGUUAAAGUAAUAGCCACAAGGUCUCUUAUUGCUGCACUCUGUUUCCAUGCUUAUCAGCAGGUUUCAUAUAUGAUAUUACAGAGGGUAUCUCCAGUUACCCAUUCUGUUGGCAAUUGUGUGAAGCGGGUGGUGGUCAUUGUGAGCUCUGUUAUUGUCUUCAAAACUCCUGUCUCGCCAAUCAAUGCUCUUGGCACGGGGAUAGCUCUUGCUGGAGUUUUCUUGUAUUCAAGGGUGAAGCGUAUUAAGGCAAAGCCAAAGGCUGCUUGAAAAUUUGCUGGGGAAAAUUUUGAGGGUAAAUUGGGUCAUCAUUAAUUUGAACACAUGUUUUGUAGUUGAGGUCAGGAACUUAAUUAGCCAUUUUGGUUUGUAAUCUUCCUUUUUCUUCCCCUUUCUUCAUUUGGGUGAUACUGCCAACAGUUAUACGGAGAGUAAAUGAGAGCUACUCUGUAAACCUUUGUGUUGUCUUUCUAGUUUUAGCUUCAUUGGGAUUCCUUUGGUUAACGUUGUGCAUGUGAAAUGCAAUUUGGUCAUUCUUUAUAUAUUACAUUAUUCCCGCAUAAGGCGACGAGUUGUGGAUAUUAAUGGAAUGUGUUGCAGGGUAAAGUCGGUUGAUUUUUACCUUAU